CUCCAUUGCGUCACGUUUUGCCUCCAGCGCUGACAGGGUUUCAUGAAGCCGAACCACUUCCUGUUUUAUGUCUGAGUGAGACAGCUCCUGCGGAGAAGAUCGUUUCAGGUAAACAGAGGAAGGAGGAGCGCAGAGACAGGAGGACCAACCUGAGCAAUCACAAAUGAUUAGCUAGCAGCACGAGUGCACAUACAAGGUUCAAAGGUCAGUGCUGGCUGUGUGUGGGUGACAGAUGACUAAAAAUUGAUCUUGGUGUGUGCAGAAGAACAGUACAGGAUGAUGGCCUGGUGCUGGGAGCCUCUCCUCCUGCUGUGGCUGACUGCAAUAGCAGCACAAACUCCUGAGACUGAGAACAACGAUGUAGCUCUGGUAAACCUCACCAACAAGUCUCUACAAGUCGUCCCUAACAGCCAAAAUGCAAACAUUACUAAACUGCUGCUUGGAGGGAACCUAAUUACUCUGAAUGAGACGGACCAACUAGCACUAGCUAGUUAUCCCAAACUGGUAGAACUUCACUUAGAUGCCAACCGGAUCUUUGCGAUACCAGCCAGCUACUUCUCUGUGGUACCAAAGCUCAGAGUGCUGUCUCUCACCAGAAACAACAUCAGCAGCCUUGACCCUGAAGCUUUUGUCGGCCUGGCUGUCCUGACAGAGUUGGACCUGAGCCACAACCUGCUGUCAAGCCUCCCUGCACACACACUCCGUGGACUAAACAAGCUACAGAUACUGAAGCUACAAGAAAACCCUUGGAAUUGUUCCUGCCCGCUGCUGACCAUCAUUGGAGAGAUCAAUGCAGCAAAUAUUACCAUUGGAGGACCACGAGUCAUCUGCGCAUCUCCAGCAGAGCAGGCCGGCAGAGACCUUCUCAAUGCUACGUGUUCCACAUCAUCACCCACCGUCACUGUGGACCCUCAAAAAUCACCAACACGAGUCUCAUAUCAACACUCUCAGGACCCGUUCACCGUGAUGAUGAGCACACUGACAACAAGUCACAAUCACAGCCUCAGCAAAGACCAGACACCUGUGCUCGGCAACACCUGGAAGUUCACAGCGUGCGUUGCUGUCUUGGCACUGACCACCUCCGCGCUCAUCCUAUGUGCCAUCAAGGGGCCUUCCUGGUACAAGCUCUUCCACAAUUACAGACAUCGGCGACUACGACAAGAAGUCAACGAGGAGGACGAGGACGCUAUGGCAACAGACUUCUCAGAGACAGGAAAACACCUGGACCAUCAGACAUUCACCUUUGAGCGACAGAACGGGCAGGAGGAGGAGGAGGAGGAGGAGUACUAUGAGGAUCCAUAUAUCAGGAGAGAAGAAGCAAACAGUUACCAGCAACAAGAAACCACACCAAACCACGUACAGAUGCAUUUAGUGGAUAACCUGUCAGUUAUUAGCUGAUAUAAACACUGCUGAGUAUUAUCAUUUUAGGGGUCACUAAAAUCAGUCAUGUGACCCUGACUGUAAGACACUGUAAGACACAGCAUCACACAAAUUAGGUCUUCACUCCACCGACCCACAAUGUUGCUCGGAUACUUCCAUUAGUGCACUUACACAAAGUAGAGUAUGCACACCGUGUACUUACUUGUGCUGGGUGGUGGGGUCUGUCAUUGGCAGCCCCGCAGCUCAUGUAAAACAGUGAAACUCUGCAGUGGAUAGCUAGCUAGUUAGCACUAGCAUCAGCCCAGAGAAGUGUGCAACAAUCCUGUCUGAGUACUCAUAGAACACUUCCUGUAAUCAGACCCAUUAGUGUUAUUGAGACAGAGCUAUGGAAGUACCCAAUUAAAGACGCAGCAUCCAAUCAGAGCCAGAUCACAUGGUUUACAAGGCUUUUUGUUUUUAGCUCCAGCACCACUACAUGUGCAGUGUUAUAGAUUCCUCAGUUUAAGGUGGUUUAAAAAUAGCUCUGCGAGCGUUUUAUAUGAAAGCAAAAACACUCCACGUUUGUUUGCUCACUGAUCUCCACGAGGAAUCACAUUUAUUAAACAGCUCCACUGGUGCUCUCUCUUUGUUUCCUGCUGUAUUAAUGUUCUUGUACAGAAAGAUUUUUAAAUGAUGUUUACAAAUCUCAGAUCAAAACUAGCCGUCCUGCUAAUGCUAGAACCCAUAUAAUAUGCUGAUUUAAAAUAAAAUGCUGCUUUACUAAACAAACGUUAAAUAUAAGCUAAGAAAGUUCAUUUCUAAACAUAAAACUCUUUCUCCUUGAUUGAGACAGAAGUGUCUUUGAGAGCCCGUGAGUACUUACUCUCUCCUCUCAGUGAAGAUGUUGUCAAUGCCUUCUGCCUCCCGCUCGUUCUGGGCUUUCAACUAGAACCAAAGAUCAAGGACAAAACAGACGAUUAUUUGUAAUAAGCUGUUGGACCUGCAUAAGCCUGAUAAACGGCACCUUUUUGUUUACUUACGAUGUUGUAAUCACUGAUCAUUUCCUCCAUCUCUGUGCUCGUGUUGAGCUUGUCCACAAGCUGGAAACACAAAUAAAGAAU